AUGCUUAGAUCUAAAAUACCCUCAUAUGUCACAAAUAUCACUAGAUCUGUUAGAUCUUAUUCCCAGAGAGUAGCACCACCAUUCACAGCUGGUCAACCUCUGUUUGAGACCAGACCUUUCAUGGUGCAACCUGGAGAAUUGACACCAGGUAUAACAGCAUUAGAAUAUUUUCAAAGAAGAAUAGAUCUUGCAUCUAAAUUACCAGAUCAAUCACUUGCCGUUAUCGUUGGCUCACAGGUUCAAUUCGCAUCCGGAAGUGUGUUUUAUGAUUUUCAACAAAAUAAUGACUUAUAUUACCUUUCAGGUUGGAACGAACCAGAUUCAGUUAUUGCAAUUGAAAAACCAACCUCAAGAUUAGAAGAUGUUACUUUUCAUAUGAUUGUUCCUCCAAAAGAACCAUUAGCUGAACAAUGGGAUGGGUUCAGAACUGGUGUCAAAGGUGUUGUUGAAAUCUUUAAUGCUGAUGAAUCAGAAGAUAUAUAUAGAUUAGCACCAUAUAUGGAAAAACUCAUAAACAGAAAUAGAAAUAUAUUUAUUGACUUACCAGAAGGCACCAAGAAACAAACAACAUCAACAACUUUUUCAAAUUUUUUUAACAUUGGUUCAAAUGCCAAAAUGAGCUCUAUAGAGAAUUUAUUGAAAAGUACCAGUGGGAAAUCUAUCAAGCCAUUAUCACCUUACGUUUCAGAAAUGCGUCUCAUUAAAUCUUCUGCUGAAUUGAAUGUCAUGAGAAGAGCAGGUCAAAUAUCUGGAAGAGCAUAUAAUGAAACAUAUGCCAAACGCUUCAAAACUGAAAGAACUUUGAAAUCAUAUCUAGAGUAUAGAUUUGUUUCUGGAGGUUGUGAUAAAUCAGCUUAUAUUCCAGUUGUUGCUGCAGGAUCAAAUGCUUUAUGUAUCCACUAUACUAGAAAUGAUGAUAUGUUAUUUGAAGAUGAAAUGGUCUUAGUUGACGCAUCUGGGAAAUUGGGUGGUUAUGCUUCUGAUAUUUCAAGAACAUGGCCAUCAUCUGGUAAAUUCUCACUUGCACAAAAAGAAUUAUAUCAAGCUGUCUUGAAUGUUGAAAAAGAAUGUAUUACAAAAUGUACAGAAGACCAUAACUUAAGCUUACAAGAAUUACACGAUAUGAGUGUCUUGCUGAUGAGAAGAGAACUAAGAAACUGUGGAUUUGGUGAAUUGACACAUCGUGAUGUUUCUAAACUAUACCCUCAUUAUAUUGGUCAUAAUCUUGGAUUAGAUGUUCAUGAUGUUCCCCGUAGCUCAAGAAAUUCCAAAUUGAAAGCAGGCCAAGUCAUAACUAUUGAACCUGGUGUUUAUGUCCCUGAUGAUCAUGCUUUUCCUAAAGGUUUUAGAAAUAUUGGUAUUAGAAUUGAAGAUGAUAUAGCUAUUGGAAAAGAUACAUAUAGAAACUUAACAGUUGAAGCUGCUAAAGAAAUUGAAGAUAUCGAAAGAAUUGCAGAAUUUGGGGUUACUACGCCUAAUCUAGAGGAUGAGGUUGUUGAAGUGUUUUAA